UGAAUGCAGCCCGAGUGACCCGUUUGUAAACCAGGAAGUGCUCGUAAAACAAGCUCGCCCAGCUAGCUGGUUUUAGUUAGAGAGGUUAGUUUGGUUUAAACCCAGCACACAACAUGGGGCUGUUCGGCAGGACACCGGAUAAACCCCCCAAAGAGCUUAUUAAUGAGUGGUCUCAGAAAAUUAGAAAGGAGAUGAGAGUGAUUGACAGACAAAUUCGAGAUAUUCAAAGAGAGGAGGAAAAGGUUAAACGAUCCAUCAAAGAUGCUGCCAAAAAGGGACAGAAAGAUGUUUGUGUGGUCCUCGCAAAGGAAAUGAUUCAGUCAAAACGGGCUGUCACAAAACUAUAUGCCUCCAAAGCUCAAAUGAACUCGGUGCUUCUCAGCAUGAAGAAUCAACUGGCCGUGGUUCGUGUAGCUGGCGCCCUGCAGAAGAGCACAGAAGUUAUGAAAGCCAUGCAGAAUCUAGUCAAAAUCCCAGAGAUCCAGGCCACAAUGAGGGAACUUUCAAAGGAGAUGAUGAAGGCUGGCAUCAUUGAGGAAAUGCUGGAGGACACAUUUGAGAGCAUGGAAGAUGGAGAGGAGAUGGAGGAGGCAGCAGAGGAGGAAGUUGACAAGAUCCUCUUUGAGAUUACAGCAGGGGCUCUUGGUAAAGCUCCAAGCAAAGUCACGGAUGCCCUUCCAGAACUGCAACCUGCUGGAGCAGCUGCUGCCUCGGACGAAGAGACGGAGGAGGACAUUGAAGCCAUGCAGUCCAGACUGGCAGCUUUGAGGAGCUAAAGCACUCUGUUGGUGUUACAGUUUGCACAGGGACAGAAAUAAUUCUCCACAGUGAUGAGCAUCCUCUGCUUCAUGCUCUAGUUUUACAUUGUCAUCUAGGUUAACAUUGUGGUACAACAGUUAAAGUUCUGUUUAUUUUAACACGGCCCACUAAAAGGGUGGUGUCUUCUGUUAUCUGCAGUGACUCUAGCUGUGUCGUUAUUCUCCAAAGUCAAUCAGAAGGUUUAUGGAGGUGUAUAUAAUGUAUGUAUGAACAGCCUUCUGUGCCUACAAUGGUUAUUCUCUCUCGUUCUGUCUUAACGUACAGGAGUGUUUAUGAUCCAGAGUGACCGGGUGUGGAUGAAUCGUGUCACAGAGGGUAUCCUCUUCAUCAUCUUCAGCAGCAAUUUUAAUCUCUUAGGAAACUUUCUGUAUCUUUACCAGGAACUAAUCAGCCUACAAUAUCUGAAACACUAGAAGUGGUGGGCAGAAGUGAUGUCUGUUAAUUUUCUGUAUAUUCAUGAAUAUAUCUAUUCUUUAUGUGGUCAUAAGUGUUAAGAAUGCUCACAAUAAAAUACUACUUCUACCCAUGUUUUGCAGUAAGUUUCAGCUUGUUCAAUGCUUGACUUUGAGUCAUGAUUGAUUUCUCGAAAAGAAGAUGCAAAGGAAGUAGAAUAACUGGUUACUGCAGAGUAUAUGUAUCAUUAAGUAUUGUGUGUAUAAUUUUUCUAUGUGGAUGGGUGAAAGCAAACAACCAAUAAAGUUUUAGGAAGAAAAAUGUCA